UAUCGUUAAAUCUGUUUUCAGAAGGUAAAAUGAAAUUAAACACGACGCAUUAUUCACUGCUAAACAUUCUAUUUUAACUCAAUUCAAGAGUAAAUUUUUCGGCUCGUGUUUUUCUUGUUUUUCGUAUUAUCCAAAGGAGAUAAAUAUGAAGACGAUAAUUAUUUCCAUAUUUCUUUUUGUCUAUUUCUUCGCGGUUGUGAAGGGUAAGGAUAUUAUUUUAGAAGAUGUCUCUACAGUUGUGAAUGAAAGAAAUGGAACCCCUCUGCUCAAGAAUCAAAGUACUGGAAGUGAGCAACAAUAUUCCACGGAUAGUUCAACAACUACAGACUGGACAGAUCCUUUUCUUAGCUCAGGAACUGAGCAACAAUAUUCCACGGAUAUUUCAACAACUACAGAUUGGACUGAUCCUUUUUUUAACGCAGGAACUGACCUCCAAUUUGCCACCGACAUUUCAGAAACCACAGAUUGGACAGAAGCUACAUCUAGUACAGCUGGUGUUUGUGACUGUGGCAAACAUUCAAUUGCAUGCUAUUUAGAUAAUGAAGGAAAGAAGAUGUGUGUAUGCGAUGUUGGGUAUUCACAGCUGUUCGAUACAUGUAUUGAUUGUUAUUGCGGUGAAAAAUCACUUGGAUGCUUCUUUGAUGAAAGUAAGGAGAAGAAGUGCUUAUGCAAAGAGGGUUAUGCUCAAGACCAAGAAGCAUGCAGAGAGACAUGUAAAUACGACAGAGAGUGUCUGAAUGGUGGAAUCUGCAAGAUCAGUUAUGGAAGAGUUGGAUUUUGUGAGUGCAGGGCAGACUACAGCGGAGAUAGGUGCGAGAUCAAUGAUGUCUGUGAUCAUUUCAAUGAUGUAUGCCAACGAUAUGGAGCCGUAUGCGUCAUUAAAGAUGGCUUGCCAUCUUGUGAAUGUCCUUCUGACAGGAAAGGUGUUACUGGACUUUGUGAAAGUAAGAAAUUAACACUAAAUAACAGUGAAAUGCUGACAGCAAUUAAUUUAUAAUUAUUGCGUUUUGCA